GAUUAGUAACUAUUGUUUAUUGCAGUGCAAUUUGUUAUUCCAACCUAAUGACAUGAUUUUAGCACAAAUUGCACGAGUUGCCAGCACGUUUAAUCAACUCCCCCAAGGAAAGAAUUUUCAUCCCAUUUAGUGGUGUUCUAAAUACUGUAUUCAUUUUAAUAUAUAUGGCUCGAUCUCGAGCUCUCGAGCCAAUAAAAUUUCAGCUCAAAUCUCAAAUUUUUAUUUUUUAAAAAAAUUCUUAUUCUUCUUUUUCAAAUUUCGAUUAGCUUUUCUACUUUAGAUUUUAUACUUUAAAAAACUGAUGCAAGAAUUUAGGAAGGAAAAGUAACAACCGUAUUUGAAGACAAAAACUCCAUUUGAAGGUUCCUUCAGUCUUCAAUCACCGGUCAGCUAUUGAUACUCUCAUUAUUAUUGUAUUUAACACAGACCAACCAAGAAAUCCUCUACCUCAAUUAACAGUUUAACACGAUCUAAUUCAUUUAACCCAAAAAAAAACCAAAACCAAAUCAAGCAAAUCAUAUAUCCAAUCACAGAGGGAAUUUCCUUUGAGUGGUGGCCGGAAGAGAUGAUUGGAUGGAGGAGCAGCAGUUGACAACAGAGAGAAAGGAACGAGAUGGCGAGAGCAGAGUGGGCGAAUUACAGUAGUAAUAAUGGCAGCGGUACUUAUGGGAGAGGCAAAUGGUGUUCUUACAAGCGAACUACGCUUAUCGUUUGUUCAGUCAACAUCGUUGUUGCCCUCUUCGUUCUCCGCUCGCUAUAUAACUCGCUUUAUUUGUACCCUUACUAUGAUUCAACAGCUUUCAGGUAUACACCGGAUCAGAUUAGGAAAAUGGAAGAAUCAAUUAGAAUACGGAGGGAAUCCGAACCCGCAGAGCUUAUCAAAUUGGUGGCUUUUCGGCCUCUUUUUGGUUGGAUUAAGGUAGAAAAAUUGAAGAGGGAGAUUUUGCAAGAGGAAAUGGCGGUGGAGGUGCCAGAGUCCUUAAAACGAAAGAUAACAGAUGAGCUACUUAUAAGAUUAAGUGCCUUAAAUGCUAGUUCAGACUCAACAGCUCGACGAGAGGUAGUUGAAAGCUGGCGCAGUGUUAAAUUAAGUGAGGUGCAAUCAGUACUCCAGAGAAAGGCUACAAAUUCAACUUUUCCACCUGAAGAAGCUGGCCUGCUCGCGAGAGCUCUGGGACCAGGUUGGGCCGAGUUCUCAGAAGGAAUUGGCCUUUGGAUACCACUUCAGGUCACCCAUGAAGAGCAUGAUGACAAACCUGAGGGCGUAGAAGAAUUUGACCGUGAAAUUUUACCUGGAAAGCGGCUUCCACCGGAAUGCCAUGCUGAACUUCAUACGGAUUACGAUGGUGUUGCAGUAAGAUGGGGUCUUACCCAUCACAAAGAAUCUGCGUAUGAAUGUUGCAUGGCUUGUUUAGAUCAAGCAAAAAAUGCUAGGCCGGACGAAAAAAAAUGCAACAUAUGGGUGUAUUGUCCAUCUGAGACUGGUUGCUUCUCGCCAGACAUUUAUGAGCAUAAAAACCAGGAGUGUUGGCUUAAAUAUGAUGAAAAUCCGAAAUUGAACUUCAAGGACACCUACUCUGAUUCGUACCGAAGUGCCCACCCAAAUGCUCCGUUAGUUGUUCCAUGGGUUUCAGGUGUAGUUAGUGCAUAGAUGCCUUUCGCUGGUAAUCUAUUUAGAUAUUUUGAUAAAAAAAGGUCAAAAGAGUCGAAAUGACAAUGAAAAAAAUGAGAUUUGAAACCAAGGUUCGGCAAUGGUUGUAUCUGAUUUGGGCUCAGCUUGGUUUUCAUCUUUCCACUUUGUAAGUUAGAAAGUACAUUUUCUUUGGAAUGGUUUUAUUUCCAGAAUGAAAACAUUUUUUUCUGAUUGUGUGAUGUCACCUUCUUUUCCUGAUG